AUGGACGAACCAGACCAAGAGGACGAGGAGGCAUGGUAGGGGGGAGAAGAGACUACACACCUGUGUCAUGGAAGCAAUACUGGGACAAAAGUGAAAGUGUUACGCUGGAGAAUGGAGAUGUUUUUCAAGUCUACAAGCGAGGCGAGGCUGGACCUUUGCUCCUUUUGCUUCAUGGAGGAGGCUACUCGGCUCUCACUUGGUCUCUCUUUGCUGAGAGUGUUUCGGAGAUGGUGGAGUGCCAGGUAAUGGCUUUCGACCAAAGAGGACAUGGUGAUACAAAAACCUCAGAUGAUACUGAUCUCUCGGCAGACACUCUAGCAAAAGAUGUUGGCCUUGUCAUCGAGGCGACUUAUGGACUCCAGCAGCCGCCUUGUGUCCUUAUAGGUCAUAGCAUGGGAGGAGCCAUUGCUGUCAAUGCUGCAUACUUAGAACAUGUAGCAGGCUUAGCAGGGUUGGUGGUUAUUGAUGUUGUGGAAGGAACAGCUAUGGAUGCUCUUAGUUCCAUGCAAGGUUUUCUGAGGGGAAGACCACAGAACUUCAACUCUCUGCAAAAUGCCAUCGAAUGGAGUGUGCGGUCUGGACAAACCAGGAAUGUUGAAGCAGCGAAGGUGUCAAUGCCAGGCCAGAUCAAGAACUCUGAGACUGGCUGCUGUGGCACACAUGACGUGGAAUCCUCCAUAGACAGCCUGAACCGCAACCAAGAGCCCAGCAGUGAGGGAGCGGUGCGAGCGGAUGUCAUUCCAGAGGAAACGGCUGAGAAUGAUGGAAACUCAAGCUCAGAAUCCUCCCCUCCACAGCCAAACUCACCAACAGAGAAUGCACUGCCUGUGAAAAAAUAUACAUGGAGGAACUUGGCUGAGACUGAAAAGUUUUGGCCCGGUUGGUUCCAAGGCUUGUCCAGUAAAUUUCUCUCAAGCUCACCAGCAAAGAUGUUAUUGCUUGCAGGGAUUGAUAGACUGGAUACUGACCUAACAGUGGGACAGAUGCAAGGUAAAUUCCAGAUGCAGGUUCUUCCUCAGUGUGGCCAUGCUGUGCAGGAAGACACACCCGAUCGUGUGGCUGAAGUCCUGGCCACGUUUCUCCUGAGACACAGACUGACAACUCCAAAGGCAGAUUUCAACAGGAGUUUUCCCGCAUGUUGAAAAGAAUAACGAUCACCACUCAACUGAAGAAAUUGUUUUCAUGUAGUGUUGCAGCUUUGCUCUCUACAAAUUACUCAAACAGUGAUUUCCCACUUUAUGAGAAUUCUGUCACUUAAAAAUCGUCUUUGUGUGUCCUUUCUUGUAUUAGACUUAUUAGUAUUGUGUAGCUAGUAUGUGUAUUUAUGUUUAUACUAAAGAUAUGUACUAUAGAAAAA